AUGGUCAAGAUGGGUCCCAAGACUAUGCUAGACAUUACCUUGGUGGAGAUGCUCUCGCAGCUGAUGCAAGACAAAUUCCAGUCCAUGUCUGACCAGAUCAUUGGGAGAAUUGAUGAUCUGAGCAGUCACAUUGAUGAUCUGGAGCAAAACACUGCUGAUCUCAUGACACAGGCAGGAGUGGAAGAGCUGGAAGGUGAAAACAAAAUGCCUGCCACACAGAGAGUUGACAGUUGA